UGUUUCAAAUGUAGUCUAAAAGAAAAUAUAAGAAAUCUAUUAUACAAAUUUAUUUUAGUAAUAAAUUUAUUAAUCCUAAUUCAUCUUAGUGUUUUCACAACCAAAGUUUCUGUUACAUAUAUCUAAAAUGGCACCUAAAGCUGGAGGUGAUACUGGAAAAGUUAAUUCUGCGGUGUAUAAAGAUAAAACUAAACCUACAGAUAUCCGGCUAAGUAACAUAAAUGCUGCUAAAGCUGUAUCUGAUGCCAUUCGCACCAGCCUGGGUCCUCGUGGGAUGGAUAAAAUGAUACAAGCUUCUAAUGGGGAAGUCACCAUAACAAAUGAUGGCGCCACAAUUUUAAAGCAAAUGAGUGUCAUCCAUCCUGCAGCUAAAAUGCUUGUUGAACUGUCUCGUGCUCAAGACAUUGAGGCAGGAGAUGGCACCACUUCUGUAGUGGUGAUCGCAGGUGCAUUGCUUGAUGCCUCAGAAAAACUUCUACAAAAAGGCAUCCAUCCAACAGUGAUAUCAGAUGGUUUCCAGAAAGCUCUACAGAUAGCUUUACAGGUGGUUGAAGGAAUGUCUACUCCCGUAGAUCUCACAAAUGAAGAUGCUCUCCUCAAAGCUGCGGCUACAUCUCUCAACUCUAAAGUGGUGUCACAGCAUUCUACAAUUUUAGCACCAAUUGCCGUACAAGCUAUUCGUGCUGUAAUGGAGCCAAUAGUGGGUGGUGUGGGCGCUCGCGUGGACCUCCGCGACGUUAAAGUGACGGAGCGAAUCGGUGGCACUGUGGAGGACACAGAGCUGGUGCAGGGACUGGUUAUCCCGCACCGUGCUGCGAAUGUCAAUGGGCCACAUCGUAUUGAAAAGGCUAAAGUUGGACUUAUCCAGUUUUGUAUUUCUCCACCAAAAACUGAUAUGGAUCACAAUGUAAUAGUUUCUGAUUAUGCUGCUAUGGAUCGUGUGCUGAAAGAAGAACGUCAGUACAUUUUGAACAUUGUAAAGCAAAUAAAGAAAGCUGGUUGCACAGUACUUUUAGUACAAAAGUCUAUCCUAAGGGAUGCACUUAGUGAUUUGGCUAUUCACUUCUUGGAUAAAAUUAAGACUAUGGUCAUUAAGGAUAUAGAGAGAGAAGAUAUCGAGUUUGUAUGUAAGACACUGGGCUGCCGACCAAUCGCAUCCCUUGAUCAUUUUACUGCUGAAAACUUGGUUAAUGUUGAUUUAGUUGAAGAAAUCAAUGAACCCGGCGGCAAAUAUAUAAAGAUGACGGGGUGCGCGAACGGCGGGCGCACUGUGUCGGUGGUGGUGCGCGGGUCGAGCGGCGCGGUGGUGGCGGAGGCGGCGCGGUCGCUGCACGACGCGCUGUGCGCGGUGCGGUGCGUGGCGCGGCGGCCCGCGCUCGUGGCCGGCGGCGGGGCGCCCGAGGCGGCGGCGGCGGCGGCCCUCGCGCGCGCCGCCAUCGCCGCGCCCGGCGCGCACCACUACACGCUGCGCGCCUACUCGGACGCGCUCGAGGUCGUGCCCUCCACGCUCGCAGAGAACGCCGGCCUGAACCCUAUCGAGACGGUGACGGAGCUGCGCGCGGCGCACGCGGCGGCGGCGUCGGGCGCCGGCGUGAACGUGCGGCGCGGCCGCGUCACCGACAUGCGCCAGGAGCACGUGCUGCAGCCGCUGCACGUCACCGCCUCCGCGCUCGCGCUCGCCACGGAGACCGUGCGCGCCAUACUCAAGAUCGACGACAUUGUAAAUACUGUGAACUAACAAGAAUAUGCAGCCGCAGUUUAUAUUCAUAAUUUACUCUUUAUUAACAGUCAACUAUAAUAGUAUUAUAUUACAGUAUAAGUCAGUCCAUCAAUGUGAUAAUGGAUGAAUUCUAAAAAUUAUAAUUUUGUUCACAAAAGUCUAUUUAAUUUGCAACCGAAAUAAAAUAUGUAUUUCAAUGACUUUAGUUUUUGACUGACCAAUAUUGUAACAUUCUUAAUUGUUUAUCGAAUAUUAAUGCCUAG